UGUGUGUGUGUGUGUGUGUGUGUGUGUGUGUAUGUCCUUUGUGAGGAGUUUCCAUACAUCUGCCACUCCAAUGGAAGUGCAUUAAAGCACCACUCUCCCUCCAUAUGCAACCAUAUUAAAAAUCAUACCAUAACGUUCAGCCACAUUCUCCAUAUCUGGAAAAGCAGAUUAAAGUUACAAGUGAAACAGUGUGGCCAUUUAUUGCAGUAGCUCUCCAUCCCAUUGAAUAUUGAGGAGAGUUUGAGCAGAAUUUUGUUGAAUGCAAAUUCAAGAACCAACAACUCUCUGCAACAAAUGUUUUUAAAAAUUUUCCAUGCCUGUAUACACAUUAAAUGCUGAUCUGCAAAAUGAUGCUCCAUCUUGGUGCAAAUAUCCCUGGUAUUUCAGAAACAUAGUGAGGGAAACUAGUAGAAUAUGGAGGAGGUGUGUAAGAUGGAGGUGGAGAAGCUAGAAGGGAGGGUAUUUCAUGGUUACCAUUGCAUUCAAUACAGUGCUUGCUCUAGCUAGUUUUGAUUAUCUCUUAUAUCUGUUGAGAACCAAUAACGGCCGUUACUUUUAAGUGGGUGUUUAUUUUUGUAGUUUUAAAUAAUGAGUUUGUUAGUUUAUUCUUAAAUACAGUAAGAACAAUUUAAUGAGAAAUCAACAGACCCAUGUUGCAAGAAUAGCUUUCAGGUUGAAGGCAAUGAUGGGGAAUACAGUUGGAACAAUUUAAGACAACAUACCCAUGAAUCCUAGAAGCUACAAUCAUGGGAAAUAAAUACAAUAAAUAAAUAAAAUAAAUCAUGGUUGACAAUAACAGCCAAGAACAAAAAACCAAGAGCAAUAGUCAUCCAUGUAUGUGUUUGCCCUUCAUCCAUGAAUAUGUAACCUUAUGAACAGGUUGAAUGACAAAAACGAUCACUGUGGGGCCUUGGUAGGUUUCCAACUUACUGUAAUGUUUAUUUGCUAUCCGACAAGUUGAUAAGGUCACACAAGCCAGAUGAAGGGAAAACAUAAAUAUCAGCUUAAGCCAAAACUCCCAUGGCCCUCCAAAACUUUUCAAAGGUACAUUCACUCUUUCAAACCUUGGUAUGUUUGGUGUUGAUCACUUUGAUGCAAUUCUGCCUCCAGGAACUGGAGCAAUCAUGGCUGUUGGAGCAUCCCAACCAACUGCAGUUGCUACCAAGGAUGGCGGGAUUGGUGUGAAAAGUCAGAUGCAAGUGAAUGUUACUGCAGAUCUUCUGCAUUGUUUGUCUGAUGCUUCAGACAACUGGAAUUUUAUUUUUAUUUUUGCAAUUUGGUUGUUUGAUGCUCUAGACAUCUGUGUUGCUUUAUAGUAUGUAUGAGUAGAUCAUGUGGUGAAUAAUUUUUUGAAUCUUAUUUUAAUUCUCUUUAGCAAUUUCGUCUGUUCGUGGAUGGUUUUGCU